AUGCAUAGUCAUGCCCGCAACUACCGCACUGGCGCGGCGGCCCUUUCCGACUCGAAGAACGAUCGCACCCCCGCCGCGUCGUUCAAACCACCCCGACCGGCGGUCACGGCCAUCUCAGUACCGACCGCUUUCGGCGCCGAUCCGCACACGGACAGGAAUGGACAUCGCACCGCAAACCAUGACAGUCGCUUCUCGCCUCAGACGCGCUAUGCGCCCGUCAGUCAGCCAUCGCGAAGGCCGCUCACCUCGUUCCAAGCACGUGCCCCCGCCGCCUCGUCUUCGUCGUACCGCGCGACCCCACCUGCCGCUCCUCGGCUGUUCUCGGGCCGCACCGAACGUAUCGUCUCCACCUACGCUAUGGAUGACUGUGCGCCCUACGUUGCUCGUGCAGAAGCGGCCAGGGAAGCGCAAGCACGAUUGAACCCGUUUGUAUCUGCGGGCGAGGCGCGCAACGGCGCGAGGCAAGCAUUUCACACCGAGCGUCGACGCACUGACGGCUGCGAUUCCGAUUCCGAGUCAAUCAGCUACAAGCCCUCACGAUCCUACGGUGACAAUAAUCAGUACGUGUUCGAUAACGAUCGCCAGGUUCGGAUCAAGCAGCAGCAAACCCGCGACAAGCAAAAGUCCGAACGAGCACUUCAAAAGGAGAAACAGCUCGCGCUCACCCCGGCUUACCAGGCCGACGAGAAGAAGCGAGCUGCCGACAAGCUCGAACGACUUCGCGCCGAGGGGCCGUCGAUGGUCGGUAAACCACUCAAGAGACGCAAUUCAGUUGACGAGAACGUCUCGACCGAUAGCUCCGGUGCCACCUCGGUCAAACCAAGUCGUCGUCGCUCUCCAACGUCCCAGAAGGCUGAGGAGCUACUGGGUUUUCUCGGCCCGGAGAAAUGCGCCGCGAGCUCUAGGACAAAACUUUCGCAAAAGGUUAACUCUGACGAUGAUGUGCUGUCCCCGUCGUCCUCGCCGGUCAAAGGGCCCACGUCCUCCUCGAGAAAGGUAAAGAAGAAAAACCGGAAGAAGCUCCGGCAGCACUCUGACGAUGAGCUCUCUGAGUAUGCGACGGCUCCGAUGCGCAUCUCAUUGAGCCCGUCGCCCGCGCCCGCCGCCCCCGUACCGAAACCAAAAGUCGUCUACGACUUGGCUACUCUUUUGGCGGAGGAGAACGCGUCCGUCGAGGUCGAGGUCAAGUGGAUGAAGCGCGCCCGGAAAAUGAAGCGAUCCGAGAUCAAGGAUGAUGUCGACACGAGCGAUUCGAACAGCGGGCAAUCGGAUGCAGACCGCCAACUUGUGCACCAGGAGAUGCGGAUCCGACGCGAGAACCAAGCCUCUCCGGACCCCUUGCUCGAAGGCGAAGGUCUGUUUGCCCAUAAUUCGCACAGAAACGCCUCGAGUCGCGACUGACGGUACAUUCCCUUGAUACAGACGAACUGCCGGAUCCUUCGACGCUCUGUCCGUUCUGCAGCAGUGUUCUUCCCUCGGAGCCCUCGAAAGAGCUCUCAUCAUUGAAAAAGUACUUGCUUGGUCGACCGAAUAUCACUCCCAACCCCAGCAAGCGCAACCCCUUGGGCAAGCGAUUGCCCGUCGUCGAGACGGCGUCGUUUUGUCGUCGACAUCGAUGGGAGACCUCCGUCAUUCCCGAGGGCAAGGCUCGCGGUUGGCCCACUACAAUCGACUGGGAGGCUUUGCCCAAGUGAGUCACACCGGUCUGGGUAGGGUUGAUAGUGGCGAUAAGGAAAGCUGACGCGAGCGUGCAUGACUCGCAGGCGAGUGGGCGCUCGGGAGUUUUCGGACCAUUUGUCCCAAAUCAUAAUGCAGAGGAAGCCCAGCCGGUUCUUCGACAUUGCCAAGAGGGAAUGGGAAGCCAAAGGUAGCAAGAUCAACAACAUUCUGUCCGAAUUCAAGUCGUCCGAGGUCGAGUUGCCCGGAUAGUCAGUCUUCCCCCUCUGCCACGAGCUUUUCCUGUCCGCGCGCUGACUUCGACUCGACUUUUCGAUACCAGCUACGGUUUGAUUGGGCAAGAAAAGUUGAUUCACCUACUGAAUAAGCUCUUUGUCGUCGAUGCACCACUCCUCACGACGUACAAAGCCUUGCCACUCGACGUCAGCGCCUACAUCCGCCGCGUCCUUGUGCCUGAAACGGCAGUCGAACUGAUUCGGCGGGACCUCAAACUUGAUCUCGGCGACCCGGACACCCGCGGCGAGGCCGAGCGCGUGUGCCAGGAGUCACGCGAGUUCGGCCAGGCCAUGUUCUCGACGACCCAAAAGGAAGAAAAGGAGAUGAGGGCCAGCGUACUCGACGAACAACGCCAAAAGUCGCGGAAGAAGGAAGAGGAGAAGGAAAAAGAGCUGCAAAGACGCAAGGAGAAGGCCAAGAAGGCGACGCAGCGGAGGAAGAAAUAUAUUCAGGCCCGAGCGCUGCGCAACGCACACCGGCUUCAGCGUGGAGGCUCGGUAGAUCUCGGAGAAGACUUGUCGUUGGCUGUCGGGAUGCCGAACGGUACGGGAAGGGACACGGAGACAACUAGGGCUGAGCGGAAACCUCGCGCUGCAUUGCACCGGGAGCAGCAGCUGGCGAACAGCAAUGGACGGACUACGGCGGCGCCAGCCCAAGCCGCCGGCCUUCCCGUGCGAAGCAGCAUCGGGGACUCUGACGACACCGAUUCUGAUCGGAAAUUGAUGGUGCCUCUGUUUGAAACGAGCGAAAGGAUCUCUCUCGGGACGACGUCCCCUCCGAAGCGCAUACCAAGGAAGAAACUGGAUCUCGGGUUGAGGGGAAAGAAGCGGAGGCUGGGGGAGGAAGAGGGGCCUGCGGUCGUAACCCUCGAAGAAUCGUCGGAUGAUCUCAACACUGAUUGA